AUGGCCAGGAUGCCCCGCAGGAUCAUCAAGGAAACUCACUGUUUGUUAGUAGAACCAGUUCCUGACAUUAAAGCAGAACCAAAUGAGAGCAACGCCCAUUAUUUUCAUGUGGUUAUUGCUGGCCCCCAGGAGUCCCCCUUCAAGGAAGGGACUUUUAAACUUGAGCUAUUUCUUCCAGAAGAAUACCCAAUGGUAGCCCCUAAAGUACAUUUCAUGACCAAAAUUUAUCAUUCUAAUGUAGACAAGUUGGGAAGAAUAUGUUUAGAUAUUUUGAAAGAUAAAUGGUCCCUAGCACUGCAGAUCCGCACAGUCCUGCUAUCCAUCCAGGUUUUGUUAAGUGCUCCUGAUCCAGAUGAUCCAUUAGCAAACAAUGUAGUGGAGCAGUGGCAGCCAUAG